ACAAGCUAUAAAGUUAUCACCGUUUACUGAAAGACAUAUUAACAAUGAGAAUUCCAUGGCUAUUUUAUGGAACAUUUGGUUGCGCAUUUAUAUUACGAUCAGUAGUGAGUCAAGCACUUUGUCCAGACUCCUGGAUAGCUUUUCACGAGUCCUGCUACCUGUUUGCUCAACAUGAGAAUACGUCCUUCACUGAGGCAGAGCAUUUUUGUGAGGCCCAUGGUGCAAACCUAGUUACCAUCGAUGAUGUUCAUGAAAACAACUUUGUGUUCAGUGUUGUGUACGACCAUCUAGCAUGUGGAAAGUAUGGACCGUACGAAUGA